AUGCCAGUGGAUCAAACAUUAGAAACAGAAUCAAUGAGAAAUGAUUGUUAUACGCGUGCUGCGCAAUUAUUCAAAGAAGUUGCUGAUUCUCUUUGCCCACAGAAUGGGGCUGCACAGUUUCAAUACGAAAAUUGCCUGUAUAAUAGUGAUGGUGUCGCGAAAGAUAGAAAAUUGGCAUUUGAAUAUUAUCUGAAAGUAUCUGAUAAUGCCAAUCCAUUUGCAAUGUUCAAAGUUGCAAACUAUUACAAUAAGAGAAAGUAUAUUCCAAUGAAUAAGGAAUUGGGUCUAAAGUAUUCGGUAGAAGUGGAAAGAAAAGCUCAUGCAUACACAUAUCCAAAGCC